AAAGAACGCUUGAGGUUGGGAAAGGCGCAUGCGCGAGAAGGCCUGUCUGCCCGACCUUCAGCAAAGCUGCUACCAUGUUCUCUCGGGCGAACGUCGUUGGGCUGUCGGCCUGGGCCUUGCAGCCGCAAUGGAUUCAAGUCCGAAAUAUGGCAACCUUGAAAGAUAUUACCAGGCGACUAAAGUCAAUCAAAAACAUCCAGAAAAUUACCAAGUCUAUGAAAAUGGUAGCAGCAGCAAAAUAUGCCCGAGCUGAGAGGGAGCUGAAACCGGCUCGAAUAUAUGGAAUAGGAUCUUUUGCUCUAUAUGAAAAAGCUGAUAUUAAGGUACCUGAAGACAAAAAGAAACACCUUCUCAUUGGUGUAUCCUCGGAGACUCAUUCUGACCAGUUUCUGGUGACCUUCAAGGAUGUGGGAAGAAAGCCCCCUACUUUUGGAGAUGCGUCCGUCAUUGCUCUCGAAUUACUCAAUUCUGGAUAUGAGUUUGAUGAGGGCUCUGUCAUCUUUAAUCGAUUCAGGUCUGUUAUCUCUUAUAAAACAGAAGAAAAGCCCAUCUUUUCUCUAAAUACCAUUGCAAAUGCUGAGAGCAUGAGCAUCUAUGAUGACAUUGAUGCUGAUGUGCUGCAGAAUUACCAAGAGUACAACCUGGCCAAUAUCAUCUAUUACUCCCUGAAGGAAAUGAUUGAUAAAUUGACUUUGACAUUCAAUCGUACUCGCCAAGCCGUCAUCACCAAAGAGUUGAUUGAAAUCAUCUCUGGUGCAGCAGCUCUGUGAAAGAAAAAUUAAGCAAGCUGAUUUUGUUUAGAGCUUAUUACUGUCUUUGUCAGAAGAAAUGUGGUCCAUUGUUUGAAUUACUACAGAUAGAUGUUUAUAAAUACCUUACAAUAAACAACUUACAAUAAGAAAAUCACUGUUCU